AGACAUGUUGGCUCAAACAUCCCGCCGCAUUUUGAGGGCUGACGGCCACUCCACGGCACUCGCGCGCCGAUGGCGCCGCCGCGGGUGGCCGUGACCGGGGCGCUGAGCUACACCGGCCGCUACCUGACGCGGUUGCUGUUGGACGAGGGCGCCUCGGUGGUGAACCUGUCGGGGCGGGCACGCCCCAUCGCGGCGCACAACCUGCCCGCCCAGGACGUCGCGCGCGUGGAGGCACGCCCGCUCGCCUUCUCGGAGCCCGCGCGCCUGGAGCGGGCCCUCCGCGGCUGCGACGUGCUGUACUGCACUUACUGGAUUCGCUUCGCCGUGGGCGGCGACACCCACGCCGCGGCUGCAGAGCGCUGCCGGACGCUGUUCGAGGCUGCAGCGAAGGCGGGCGUUCAGAAGGUGGUGUUCUCGUCGCACACGCGCGCCGCAGAGGACUCCCCUUUCGCGUACAUCGCAGGGAAGGCCAGCGCCGUGGGCGCGCUGCGCAAGCUGUCUGCCUCCAGCGGCAUGGGCUACGCCGUCGUGCGCCCCUGCGGCAUCUUCGGCGACACUGCCGACGAGUCCGUGCUCAUGAACAACGCGGCGUGGGUGUUGCGCCGCGUCCCGCUCUUCCUGCUCGCCGGCGGCGGCCAGCACCGCUUCCAGCCGGUGCACGUGCGGGACAUGGCGGAGCUGAUGGCAGAUUUGGGCCACCGCUCCCCGCAUACCAGCGGCGAGGAGCGCGACGCGUGCGGGCCUGACGCUCCCACGGCGAGGGAGCUCUUUCGGUCGAUCGCGCGCGCUUGCGGCUCCAGAGCGCUGGUGGUGCCGUCGGGACUCUCCACGGGGGUCAUCACGGCGCUCAGCAGGCCCAUUAACUGGGCGACAGGGGACGUCUUGCUGGACGGUGAUGACCUCGACCUCCUGUGCAGCGGGCUCACGCUGGCCGACGAGCCCGAGGACCCGGCGAUCGCGAGGCGUCGCAGCCUGCUCGGCUGGCUGGCGGAGGUCGGCCCCAGCCUGGGCGCCGCGUACGUGUCCUCGAUGGCGCGGUACUACUCGGUGUCGGCGGGCGGGUCGUGAGCAGAAGCUCAGGCUGCUCUUGGACCACAGCGUUGCCUCGGGUGGCGCUGGGCGCGGAUGGAGCGGGGCGCGGUGAGGACGCAUUCACGCCCUCACGUGCCUCGGGCACGCGUCCUCCGUGGACCUCGGAUGGGAUAGAUACCUGGCGCCUUCGGGCUGGCGCUGGGGCAAUACAGCUGCGAAGCAGGGACUCCGCGCACCACUGCUCUUCCCCGCUCUUUCGCUUUUGCCUCCCGUUUGACCUCCUGGUGUUCCAGUUCGGGUUGAUGGCAACAGCGGCUGGGGAUGGGUCGUGGGUCGUUCCGUAUCGGCAGAAGUUGUGUACGAGGAUGCGUACGUGCGUCUGUGCACAUGCGCAUGAGAAGAGCUGCGCCCACAGGUAUCCGCGGGCAGGCACCAUUUGUACAUCAACGCGCCCUCGGAGUGCCUGUCAAUUCGGUUCAGCUUGCGCCAUCGCCCUGCCGCACGUCUACCGCAGCGUAGCUUGGUAGACACGGGUCGCCUUCUUCGGAGAAGACGCGACGCGAUAGGCAAAUGCGGCAUGCAUUGGUUGCAAGACGGGGUUUGGUCUGAUCAUGCUGUCACGAUAGCAGCGAGGAUUGGGCCACUGGGCACUUCAACCUGCAACCCCUCAGUCUAAGCUUAUGAAGUUUUGGCUCUGGCCGAGUUUAACAUUCUCAUUGACAGGAUUGAAAUAUCAGGUGGUGUUGUGGGCCUGAGACCUCUUGGACGGGCACCGCAUUGGCAUCAAUAAACGCUCCAGGCUAGACAAUUCAAGUGUUUUCCGAAUUCUCAGGUGCUUUUCAUAUGCGUUGGCUUUAUUGCCAUCGCGUUCUCCAGCUCGCUCUGAAAAUGCCUUGACUGUCUUGUAUUCCACACGUGCCCGUCUGACAGCAGGGCAGCAAGGGCUGUUGGCUGGAUCGGAGAAUCGAACGCGCACAGUGCUGGUGCAAGCAAGUUUGUCCCAACGUCACUUUAACACAUGCUUGCCAGCGUGGGAACCAACAGUCGAUUCUUGUUCUAUGUGGUGGAAUCUAGCUUGGUGCAAACGACCUGUCAGGACAGCCCGCGGAAUC